GAGCGGUCAUUGGCUAGGGUGGGUUGUCAGGGCGACUGAAGGGAAAGGAGAAGGGGUGCUGGGCCUGGCGGGCUAACUCAGGCUGCGGGCGGCCGGGUGGUUCCACCGGGCGGUGCCGAGAGAUCUGCGGGGACGGGGUGCCCAGGGUUCACCCACACUCCAGGAGGUGCCUGAGCUAGUGGGCCGGUCAGUAAGACCCACGGGCCGGGACCAUGGGCUGCUUCUUCUCCAAGAAGCGGAAGGCUCAGAAGGACUCGCGGGCAGAGAACAACGAGGAGCAGCCCAAACAGUACAGCUGGGACCAGCGCGAGAAGAUUGAUCUAAAAGACUACAUGUUCAGUGGACUGAAGGAUGAAACAGUAGGUCGCUUGCCUGGGAAAGUUGCCGGACAACAGUUUCUCAUUCAAGACUGUGAGAACUGUAACAUCUAUAUUUUUGAUCACUCGGCUACAAUUACCAUUGAUGACUGUACUAACUGCAUACUUUUUCUGGGACCUGUGAGAGGCAGUGUGUUUUUCCGGAAUUGCAGAGAUUGUAAGUGCACCUUAGCCUGCCAACAGUUUCGUGUGCGGGAUUGUAGAAAGCUGGAAGUCUUUUUGUGCUGUGCUACUCAACCCAUUAUUGAGUCUUCCACAAAUAUCAAGUUUGGCUGUUUUCAGUGGUACUACCCUGAAUUAGCUUUUCAGUUCAAGGAUGCGGGGCUAAGUAUCUUCAAUAAUUCAUGGAGUAACGUUCAUGACUUUACACCGGUGUCAGGAGAGCUCAACUGGAGCCUUCUUCCAGAAGAUGCAGUGGUUCAGGACUAUGUUCCUGUUCCUGAAGAGUUCAAAGCUGUCCGUGUUUCCACAGAAGCCAAUAGAAGCAUUGUUCCAAUAUCCCGUGGUCAGAGACAGAAGAGCAGUGAUGAAUCAUGCUUGGUGGUAUUAUUUGCUGGUGAUUAUACUAUUGCAAAUGCCAGGAAACUAAUUGAUGAGAUGGUUGGUAAAGGCUUUUUUCUAGUUCAGACAAAGGAAGUAUCCAUGAAACCUGAGGAUGCUCAAAGAGUUUUUCGGGAAAAAGCACCUGACUUUCUUCCUCUUCUGAACAAAGGUCGUGUUAUUGCCUUGGAGUUUAAUGGCGAUGGUGCUGUAGAAGGUUGUCAACUUAUUGUAAAUGAGACAUUCAAUGGGACUAAGAUGUUUAUAUCAGAAAGCAAGGAGACAGCAUCUACAGAUGUAGACAACUUCUACAACUUUGCUGAUAUACGGAUGGGAAUGUGAAGUACAGUAUGGAACCAAGGACUUGGUAUUAGCCCCUUCUUAAAAUGUGGACAUAAAAUUUGACAAAAUACUUUUGUAUAUUGGCAGUGAUUUUUAUAAAUGUUAAAUUGGUAAAAGUUUGUUUUCAAAAAAAUCAUUG